GCACUCGUCCUGCGCGGCCAAGCCUACCACACGCAUCCGGUCUCCUGUUGAUUUCAACCAAUAUUUUUAAUUCAAUUUUUGUUUUACGAAGUCUAAAAAAAUAAAUCGAAUAGUCGUCCAAGAUGUUAUUCUUUUCUUUGACCGCGGCCUUCGCGGUUCUUUUGUUUGCCGAUGCGGUACCGACGCCUACUAACAAUAAAGAUGGCGGCCCAAUUGGUGAGCUACCCGAAAAUUGGGACCAAACAAAAGACGACACACAGUCCCUAUUCCUGAACAAGAGCGACAAAAAUGACCUGGAACCAUAUCCACUUGCUCUCAGCGAAGAAGGCAAUUCCGAAGGGUUCGAACAAGGUGUCGAGCAGCGUUUCGACUCUCCCCAGUCCACGGGAGAACUUGACAACCUUAUCAUGAGACCUGAGUUGUAUGGAGAACCUCCGGCCAUGGAGAGCAUGUCCUCCGGCUACGACAACCGCCGUCGCAAGCGUGGCAGCGGAACCAAAGUAGGAGGCGCUGGAGCUGCUACUAAGGUAGCCACCAAAUCAGGCUCGGGGAAGAAAAACCUGAAACCUGCAGAUCACGCGGCUCUGUCUCCGAUAGAGUCCGCCGGUCCUGAGCACGAUGUGCACCGUCGUAAGCGUGGCAGCGGAACCAAAGUUGGCGGAGCUGCAGCUUCAGCUAAGACCGCUACUAAGAACUCAGGCGGAGGAAAGAAGAACUUUAGGCCUAUCUCGGAACGACGCAAGAGAGACUCUGGAUUAAGCGCAGCCGACGUGCGAGCUUUACUUAACCUAUGGGAAGCCCAAGAACGAAGGAAACAAGAGUGGAAUGCAAACCAGUGGGCCGCCGAUCACUACUAUGGACGCGUUGGCUCCGAUGAGGACCAACCAGAAGUAGACGAAAGCGGCGAUGUGUGGUACAACGAGCCAGUCGUUAUCAGCCCACAUGAGCGCGACUACCCACACCACUCCUACUUCUCUGAACAGAACCGCAUGGCUCUCGCACACGGCUACCCUGACUUGUACCAAGUGGACCCGACUGAGCUAGCUCAAAGAUACGAGGAAGCCCGCCGCAAGCGGCAAUACGCUAACAAUAAAGUAAAGCGCUUCAUGGUCGCUCGAAAACGCUCUGAUGCCAUGAUGAUGCACCAGAACAACUACAGGCCUCGCGAUGACCUUUACACUCUGGCUGAGCUGCUGCGCUCCGGGCCGCGGGUGCAGGAACAGGAUAUUCCUGUAUAUCGGCGACUGAUACUUUAAAGCGAUUUCUCAGAGUCAGGCGUCCAUACGAAACGGCCUGCUAACCCUGAAUACCUUGGAAAAAUAUAAAUCCAGCCUAUUUUUCCCAUAGCAGAGUGUUCGCAUUCGGUUACGCAGGUUUCUGAAUCGGAUGGACGCCAUUAUGGCAUUAAUUUGGGGUGGGAGAUUGUCGCGCAUUUAAUUCGCAGUCUGUAUAGCGGAUACCUACCUAAUCUA